AUGGUGAAAGGAGCUGCUCGGAAGAAGAAGGAGGAAGUGAAGGAACAUGCUGUGGCCAGAAAGGCAGCACAGGUAGCACAACAGGCAGCAGUGCAGGGUGCUGGUGCAGUGGCAUGUUUUACAGGCUCCUUUUCCACCAAGAACAAGGAUGAUCUUAUUGAUAUUGCAGGCACCCUCCAAAUUUCUACUGCAGGGACCAAACCAGAGCUCUUGAAAGCCAUCAAAGAAUACUUCAAGUCACAUCCAGAACUCAAGACUAAUAAAUGCUUUUGGAAAAGCUGUAAAAAAGUGACCAAGUCAAAAAGCAUGAUGGUCAGCAUACUUGUUGAUGUAGAAAAGGGUGAAUAUGUCGAGAACAUGGUGGGAUUUAAUCACCAAGGGGAGCAUAUCAGUACCAUAGACAGGAAUAAGAAGAAGGUUCCACCAUCCACAUUCCAGUGUCAUCAUCUGGUGUAUUUCUGA